CAAAGAGAGAAUAUAUAGAUGUGAGGUUACAAACCAAGGUUUCUAGAUCUCAACACUAUUGGCAUUGUACAGCAGAAGUUUCAGUGUUGUUGGGCUUUGUUCUGAUGACCGGAAUUAGCAUCUUCUCUCAUUUAUGACACUUGGAGCUAGUAGGUAUCUGCAGUAGGUAUCUGGGUGUGAGCAGGCAGACAAAAAUUUGCAAUGAUUCCAGAAAGGAGAUGGGAGUUAUUUCCUUCCCUAUGGGGACAGGUAGAUAGUUUAGAAAAGAAGAGAUAUCAAGAGGACAAAAUUUUCCUAAAUGUCCCUCAAUGAUGAUACAUAAGGUAAAUUAAAUGACAACAAGUUGUGAAGGUGGGUACCAGUUUUACAUAUGGCACAUGAUUCUAGUGAGAGAAUUCUUUGGCAGAGCAAAUUAAAAUGCCAUUCUUUAAAUAUAACUGGAGACUCCAACAGAAUGAAGUCACAUUUCCCAAGACUUUUAUUGAUUGUUGACAGUGAGUGGCAUACCAGAAGUGCUUACAUAUUUGUUGGGUAUGUCAGGGGAUGAAUGGUAUGUUCUGCCAAUUACUGACAGUAUAUAAAGGUCCAAGGCUAGUAGAAGACACACAGUUCACCACAUCCUCUCGCAACCCACGUGAAAUCUCUUCUCUUGACAAGAUGUGUUGCAACUACGGCAACUCCUGUGGCUAUGGCUGUGGCUAUGGCUAUGGCUGUGGCUAUGGGCCCUAUUAUGGCUGUAGUUAUGGACCUGGCUAUGGCUGUGCAUAUGGCUGUGGAUACGGCUCCUGCUGUGGCUAUGGCACCAGAUAUGGCUGUGGCUGUGGCUAUGGCUCUGGUUGCUGUGGCUACCGGCCAUUUUGGUAUAGAAGAUGUUAUUCUUCUUGCUGCUAGAACAUCACUGUCCAAGACACAUUUGCUUCUGAAGUGGCACGGCUUAAGGGAGGGCUGA